GGUUAUCACUGAUACUAUGUGAUUAAUUCGGUCACCACCACGUUAUGUAGAGUACCUAGCCGGUAUUCGCGGCGGCCAUGUUUUUUACUAUGCUUAAUUUUAUUUUUCAAUAGUCAUGAUUGGUUUUUAUUUUUGGUACAUAGUCAGCUGCAAUAUACUCGUACAGUUUAGUGGUUUGAAUUUAAUCUACGUCUUGAUUCCGGGUUGUGGAACGGCCGCCAUUGCUGGUAAAGAAGAUGCCUACGAAUACCCCGAAGAGAAUACCGAUCUAGAGACUUUUUCACCCGAAGUGACCGAUCCUAUUGCGGAAGAUUUAUUCGACGAAGCGACCGAAGGAGUUGAAGAGGUCAGUGCUUUUGAUGAUAUCAGUCCAGUGUCUGCUGAAAGUGAAGAUACGAAUGGUGGUUCUGAUGUGGGGAAUUCGUUGAUAUCGGAGGUAACAACCCCAUUGACGUUUGUAUCAGAGCAGCCAGACAAUAGUUCAGUAGCGAUAACGGAGACUAGUGAUGUGGCAACCAGUUCCGAAACUUCCACUAACUGCUCUGAUGCAGCAACAAAGUCGAGUGAUAUCCCCACUUUUGCGGUAGAGACGGAGGCAACCCCACUACCAACGUUUGUAUCGGAACAAAGGAACAAUAGCUCGGAGGUAGCAACGAAGACUAGUGAUGAGAUAACAACCACUAACUGCUCUGAUGCGUCAACGAAGUUGAAUGAUAUCCCCACUGAAGCUAUAGAGACAGAAGCAACCACACUGCCAACGUUUGUAUCGGAACAAACGAACAAUAGUUUCGAUUUAGAAGUGAUAACAACCUCUGAAACAUCCACUAGCUGCUCUAAUGUGUCAACCAAGUUACCCGAUCUUCCCACUGAACCAAUAACUGAGGAGACGACUCCAUCACCACCACCAAUUUUAUCAAAACAGAUAAACGAAAAUAGUUCUGUGACAAACAACGAUCUUUGUACCGACUCGAUAACCAAUUCGAGUGAUUCUUAUACCAUCAACUCAACUACACAGCUAAUUGCUGCAAACGAUCAAAUUGAUAAUACUAAUUCAGAAUCUACGACUCCACAGACACAAGCGUUGGUUUCAGAACAAACGAGCCAAAUUACCGAACUGAUGAAAAACUCGAAUGAAUCUAUAAUCAACAACGCUACUGAAUUCGAACAAAUCGUUGAAACUUCUUCGAAACCGAUCAGCUCUCCAGAGGAUAUUGUUUCUUCAUCAAAAAAACUCAAUGAGACUCAAAAUGUCGUAGAAAUAUCAACCGAACCUGGGAUGCUCAAUUCCUCGACACCCAAAUUAUCAACGAAUAAUUCUUUGGAACGUUUAUACGAUGAACUAGGUGAGACUCGAAGUACAUUUUCACCUAUAUACGAAGAAGGAUAUCAUGAUCCUGAGAAAGCACCGACUAGAUAUGGCCAGGCAGAGGAAUAUAUUAUGACUACCAACUGGAAUUAUGUCUCAGAUUACACAAUCGGUGUGAGAGACUACAACUUGAUCUUAUACGCAGUCAACAAUUCGGCAGUAUUAGAAAAAGGCUCGUUGCUGAACUACGUCUACUUCGUAUUCAAAGAAAUCCUACACGUGAACAUAACAUUAAUCGAUAUCCGAUAUUGUAAAUAUCUUCGUAGUAAGAAUCCAGACGCUGCUAAAAAAGUACCUCCGGUUUUGGUAGCUUUCACCAAGAUGGACGUUAAGAAUGAAAUUCUGCACAAACGUAAACUAUUGAAACCGACCGGAAUCAAAGUCGAACACGAUAUGCCUAGAAAGCUACUAGACGAACAGAACGCUUUAUUGAAGCCUUUAAUGGAUAAGUAUCGAGCCAUGGGGCAAUACGUGGUGGUGAGAAGUGGUAAAUUACUCGUAGAGGGUAAAGUUUUGACUGAGAUCAGCUUACCUGAUAAGUAUACUUACGAUCCUUUGCAAACGUUCGUAUCUUAUGUGAGCACCAAGUCUGCGAAGACAACUACUCCUGGGAUGCAGUUACCGAGAGAGUUCGUGGAGUAUGGAUUCGGUGCUGAAAAGAAAUCGGGCAAGAAGAAGGGAGGAGGUAAAGCAGCCGGAGGUAAGAAGAAACGAAAGCCUAUGAUUAGAAUACCUUUAGAUGAGGAAAUUGGCGAAGAGUUAUCGGCUGAGGUAUUAUUUACCACAAGAAGAUUUUGGUAAUUGGGUUCGAGAUGUACGUGUACCUGGAUUUUUUCAAUUGUUUGGGUGUAAUUUGGCUUGAAAAUCGAUUUUUAUUACACGAAGAGUAGUUUAGCGAAAGGUAAUUUGCAAAUGAGCGAGACAGAAGUAACUUUCAUAUCGAGUUUUGUACUUUUCCAAAAUGUAAAAACAUCGUAGUGGGAUUUUUCGAUUAAUUUUUUUUCAAGUUGAGAAUUUCAAUAUCGCUAAGUGAAAAAAAGACGAUAAUAACUGAUAUAAGUCAAUAAAGAUUUACCAACGAA